AUGCUGUUCCUUACCCUCUGGCUUCUAACUGCCUUAAUGAGAAGCACACAUGCAGAAUGUGGCCUCAGACCCUCUUACAAACCAUCCGCACUGAAAGAGUCAAAGACCGUAGGGGGCACGGGUGAGUUCCCCUGGCAAGUGAGCAUCCAGACCAAAGAGAAGCAUUUUUGCAGCGGGUCGAUUAUAAGCAGCUGGUGGAUUUUAUCUGCGGCACAUUGUUUCACAAAUGAACUUCCACCAGAUCUGUACGUGGCGUUUGGGGCAGUUGACUUGGAAAGCCACCAAGUAGAGAAGAAAAAGCUGGACAGGCUGAUUCUGCAUGAGCACUUCGAUAGCGCAAACAUGGACAACAACAUCGCCUUGAUCCUGCUCGACUCACCGAUAGGGUUCAGUGAACAGAAAAUGCCCAUCUGCUUGCCUUUCAUUCAUGACCUUCAGACGUGGAAGGACUGCUGGGUUGCUGGUUGGGGAGCCACGGCGGCAGGGGACAAGAUGAAAUUAACCAAGAGGCUAAAGAAAAUGGAGAUGAAGCUGAUCAGCAAGAAGCAAUGCUCCGAGUGGCUCCCGGAGCUAACGGAGAACAUGCUGUGCGCUGGCUCCGUGGAAGGAAGGAAGGAUGCCUGCCAGGGAGACCGCGGGGGACCUUUGGUUUGCACCUAUGGAGACGUCAUGAAGUGGUUUGCUCUUGGCAUAGUCAGCUGGGGAGAAGGCUGCGGGGAAAAACAGCAUCCCGGAAUGUACACCUUCAUUUUCAACUACUUGGAGUGGAUCCAGGUGGAGACGGCCAGGGAAGGGAAGCCUUUCAUCCCCCAAGGACUGGAUAACAUCACGAUUUCCAAGCGGCUUCGCUCCAGCGCUGGGAAGGAGCCUGCACCUCCGGCUUCUUCACUCCUUUUGUUUUUCUAUGUUACUAUUUUGCUAGUGAUGAUUUUUAAAUCAUAA